AUGCUCCUGUGGCGUAUUUGGACAGCCCGUAACGAUCAGCUUUGGAGUAAUAAGACAACCACGGUGUUGGAGGUUCUUCGAUCGGCUAGAACUAAUCUUGGCAAUUGGCAAAAUGCUCAAUCAAAUGGAUUAUCUCCAUUACUCAAUGUUAAUAUUGGGAAUGGUAAGGAGCAUUGGACAAAACCUUUUUUAACUAAGUUCAAGAUCAACGUCGAUGGGGCAAUCUUUGAACGUGAGACUCGGUUUGGCUUUGGCUUCUUAGCUAGGGACUCGGCUGGGAGACUCAUUCACGCGGGUUGUGGGAGUAAAUUGGGUGCGGUUUCUCCUGAGAUUGCUGAGGCGGUGGGUAUGAAAGAGGUCUUGAGUUGGAUCAAGAGAAUGAAUAUAGCUGAUGUGGAAAUUGAAACUGAUUCAUUGGUCACUGUUCAGGCUAUAAAUGGAUCAGUUCAAAUGCCAUCUCAGUUUGGUUUGAUUGUUCAGGACUGUCGUCUGUUAUUAUCUGAAUUACAAAAUGUGUUUAUUUCUUUUGUUAAACGAUCUGCAAAUAGGGCUGCUCAUUGUCUUGCAAGGCAAUCAUGUUUUAUGUCAGAUUGUAUGUUUGAUGAGUUCUCUGCUCCAUCAAACUUGAUUUCAAUUGUAAGGGAUGAUCUUAUCUUAAGUUGA